CACCAUGGCAGACCUGCAGCAGCCCCAGGUGCAGAAGGCAGUAGACUCCGCGGUGAAGAGUCUGGAGAGAGAGAACAUCCAGAAGAUGCUCAUGUUCUGGUACAGCUGUUGUGAGGAUAGUCGGGAGGCCAUGCGGCAGGUGCACCAGUGCAUUGAGCGCUGCCAUGCGCCUCUGGCUCAAACCCAGUUGAAGAAAUUCCAGGGCUGCCUGGCCCAGUGCACCAUGCACUGCAGUGACAAAGCCAAAGAUUCAAUAGAUGCAGCAAAUAGAGGGUUUCAGGUGAAGUGGCAGCUGGAGACUUGUGUGACCAAGUAUGUGGAUGACCACAUGCACCUCAUCCCAACCAUGACUGAGAAGAUCUCUUAUCCACUGGGAAAUUGAAGUCUUUGUAAUUGGCCAUCAAGGCUGACAGCAGUAAUCUAUUUAAUUUUUUUUAAUGUUUAUUUUAUUUUUGAGAGAUACAGAGCAUGAGUGGAGGUGGGGCAGAGAGCAAG